AUGACAGAGCCCAUCCCCCCUCGUCCCUCGGCCUCCCUCACCGGCAAAGUGGCUGUAGUCACCGGUGCCGGCGCCGCCCCCGGGGCGAUCGGCAAUGGCCGCGCCACUGCCAUUCUCCUCGCAGAGGCAGGCUGCGCCGUCGUAUGUGUGGACUUGAAGCUCUCGCUGGCCGAGGAGACAGUCGAGAUGAUCGAAGCCGACGGUCUGGGGCGCGGGGUCGCCAUCGUCGCCGACGUAACAAGGGCCGAGGACUGUCAGCGAAUUGUCCACCUGGCGCUCUCCACCUACGGCCGUCUCGAUAUCUUAGUCAACAACGUGGGGGUCAUGGGCGCCAAGGGGAGCGCCGUGGAGGUGGAUCUCGACGGCUUCAUGGACGGGCUUCGCAUCAACGUGGCCAGCAUGGUGCAGAUGGCCAAGUAUGCCAUCCCCGCGAUGGCGGCGAAUGCAGGAAGAUGUGCAGGGAGCAUCGUCAACAUGUCCAGUGUGGCCGGGUUGCGGGGAGGCACGCCGCAUCUUCUGUACCCGACGAGCAAAGGGGCGAUUGUGAAUAUGACCCGAGCCAUGGCAGCCAACCAUGCUGCUCAACGCGUUCGGGUGAAUUGUGUCUGUCCGGGCAUGGUAUACACCACGAUGAUGUAUCAGAACGGCAGUGGAAUGAGCCGGGCGGAGCGAGAGGCACGCAAAGCAAGAAGUCUACUGCAGACCGAAGGGAAUGGGUGGGAUGUGGGCGCCGCAGUGCGCUUUCUAGCAAGUGAUCUUGCUCGAUGGGUGACUGGGGUGGUCCUCCCUGUCGAUGCUGGCACCACGGCGGCUACGGGAGUCGGGAUGCAAGGACUGCAUACGUCGAACCUCAUGCACGGAACGGAGCCAAAGAGUGUCUCUUAGGAUGGUAAGUUUUGG